AUGGUGGAUACAAGAGGAAAGAAGAAGUUGAAGGAGGUAGAGCCGUCGAGGGUGACCAACCGUAUAGUAUUGAGGUCGCGUCGUGAGGAAGCCGAGAAUGAGGGUCGACGUGCUAGACUUGUGGAGAAUCCUUCUCCCCCGCCUCCCGUGCCUUUUGACUUAGAUAGAGCUUUUGAGGGAGUGGAUGAGUAUGAUGGCAGUGAUGACAAUUAUGAUGACUUCCCGGAUGUAAAUGAUGCUUUCUUCGAGAGCAACCAUCCGAGUGCAGGUGGUUCUAGUGGACCUAGAUUAGAGCCCGAGGCUCCUUUUGUGUCUUCUUCGUCCUCUCAGUUUGUUCAUGUUAGACGUGGGGCUCAUGGUCGUUUUGAGUCAUCACGACCCGAUUCGGAGGAGGGCCUCACUAGUAAGAGGAAGAAGGCGAGAGAAGCUGAUUCGUGGAUUCUCGACAGGAGUGGGCCGGGGGAGCCUAUCGAUCAUAGCCUGAUUCCUAGGCAACUCGACAUGGCGUCUCGAGCGGAUUGCAAAGGCAUGGGUGGCUGUUUGACCCUCCUUCAGAGCUGGAUCUACGAGUACUUCCCGUGUUUACCAGAUCAGAAGUUGGGGACACGUGGAUUGGUGUGCGGGGAACCUUUUGCUAAGAAGUGGGAGGGGGUGAGAAUUGGAGGUGGGGCACAGUUGAUGAAUGAGAGGUUGGAUCACUAUCGUCGAGUACUGGAUAAUAUGACAGAUGAGUUCGUUUUUUGGUGCCCAUUCGGCCUCAGACCUGGUGAGAUGGUCUCUCGUUCUUUGUACUCUGGUGUCAUUCGGUGCAUGAGUGUUGAGGAUAUGUACGAUCCCUCGCGUUGCCUUCGUCAGUUUGGGUACGUACAGACCAUCCCCUCAGAUCCGCUUCCUCCAGUUGAUGUUUGCCGAUCUGCGAAUGUCAAGAUGUACUCCUUGUCCUACGGUCCCGGCUUGAGUGAGCUUUGGAAGGCCCCUCACUGCCACUCGGUGCAGUUGGAUUCGAUAUCGAGACCUGUUCAAAAACCGGAAGAUACUGAGGAUGGGUAUCUACAGUGGUAUAUGGGACGUACCCACCCGAGGAUCGUCUGCCCCAGUGCUGCUGACCAGGAGAUACACCACCAUCUUAGUCAUGAUCAGUUAGCUGUGAAGCUCGUCCGAGAGUUUCGCACUGUGAUUGAGCACCCUUAUGAUGACCACCUUGAUCUUCUUCUUGGAUUACAAGGGUUGCUUAAAGAGUACGACGAGGCGACUCCAUACCAGCCUCCCCCUCAGUACUAGUGUUGUUCAUGUAGUUUGAGUACUAUGUAGUUUAUUUCUAUUUGGAGAACUAUGUCGUUAAUUU